UUUAUUCUGUGAAUUGCAUGACGUAAGCACGUACGCACGCAGAUUUUUGAUCAUUAUGUGGAUUCCUGGUGGAUUCGUCGGGUUGUGUACUGGUGUAAACUCUAUGCAGAUUGUUUGUCGAUGAAAGUGCGUGAUAGUGGUUGUCUCGUUGGGUCUUUUCUGACGUAGAUUUUCCGUCUGGAAGAAUAAAGUUUGUUUCUUCCAGACAAGAGAUCGCACUUGAUUUUCUAGUCGAGUGCCACUCCACAAUGUCACACAAUCGCCGCAUGUUUGGUGGGCGACCUGGGGGCCCUGGAGGUCCCGUGAGCCCUUGGGAAGGUGGCGUUGUGCCGGGUCAGGGCCGUCCGGCCUCAGCAGGUAUUCUGGGUGCUGCGCCACAGCCUCUGAAUCUACUGUCUCAGCUAUCAACACCAGAGGCACAGCUUGCUCUUGCGAGCAACCUCCUUACCUCUUUGCUGGGGCAGCAGCAACAGCAGGCUGCACCUAUGCCACAGCCCCGAGUACCUCCUGGGCCGCAGCCCUUGCUCAGCAUGAAUGCUACACCUCCUGGGCGAGGCUUUUUUCCACGCCCAGAUAACAUGAAAGGUGGUGGACCAAUGCGUCAACAAAGGGGUCGCGGUAACAGAUUCCCUGACAAUUACAAUAAGCAGCAGCGUGGAGGUAAUAGGAUGCGACCAAAUGCUCCCAUAAAUAAGAGAGGGGGUGUAGCAGGUGGGCAACAAAGAACUCAACGUAAAUCUGGUGGAAGUACCCCCAACAAGUCUUCUUCUGGUGAAAAAAAGGCAGAGUCAGAGAAGACUAGUCCUAUAAAGGCUGAGAAUGAAGCAAAGAAAGAUGAUUCUGAAGUCAGUAAAAAUGAUACAAAGGAGGAAGAAGAGGAUGAGGAAGCAGAGGAGGGAAAGAAACGUGAUUGGAAGGAUGAGAAGAACAAGAAGGAUGCAUCAAUGGAUGUUGAGGAUGAGCAAGAAGAUAAGGAUGAUAAAGAAGCUGGAAGCAAAGGUGGUAAGGGGGCAACUACUAAGGAGGGCAGUUCACCUGCCAAAGGCGGAGCCGGGAAGGACUCGGAUGCAUCCCGUUAUGCAAAUAUCCCCAAAGAGUUGUUGGUGUGCCACAUCUGCAACAAGAAUAUGUGGGAUGGGCAGUCAUUUGAAAACCACUUACGGGGGAAAAGCCAUCAGAUGAUGAUGGAUCAAACUGAGAAGACCUAUAAAGUGCAAGUGAAAUUGAUGCGCCAAGAGUUAAAAUUAGCUGAAGAAAAACGUGAGAUAGAAAUGGAACGUGUACAGCGUUUUGGGAAGAAGGUUAACAUCAAACCCCGUGAAUACUGCACAAUGUGCGAUCUGUACUUCUUCGGCAACAUAAUGGGCCACCGCAAGAACGGGCUGCACCAGAACCUGAAGAACUUCCUGCACCCGCGUUGCCUGCUGUGCUCGCAAGAGUUCCCCUCGCGCACGGAGUGGGACCAUCACCAGCUGACGCCCAUGCACCUGGUGAAGCUGACGGAGUCGCAGAAGAACGAGGGCAAGGACUCGGCCGAAGUGGCCAUGGUGGUGGAGGACGAGCCGGCGCCGGCCGACGACAGCGACGAGAAGGCGGGCGAGGGCGCGGAGCCCGCCGCGGGCGAGGGCGGCAGUGCGGGUGGCGAGGGCGACGCUGCAGGCGGCGACGACGCCAAGGCGGCGAGCGGCGCGGGCGGGGAGCCGGGCGACGGCAAGGCGGCGGCUGGCGGCUCGGGGGCGGCGGGUGCUGGAGCCGCCGGCGCCAAGAAGCCCAUAGGCCGGCAGACCGUGCCGCCCUACGACCCCAAGAAGAGCUACGGCACCCACCUGCUGAAAAAGGUGCUGGGUUACACCACAAAGAGGCGCUGGCGCACUGCCAGACGGCACCGCACUACAAGAGCUACGCGGCCUACCUCCUGCGCACGGGAGGCGCCGCGCCCCCCGGGACGCCGCGCGCCAAGGCGGGCGAAAAGGCGGCCGCCCCGACCCCUGCCGCAGCCAGGCCGCCGCCACCGCCGCCACCCCCGCGGAGAAGACGGCGGGCGACAAGAGCGCGGAGGAAGGCGCCGCGGCGGGCGGCCGGACGGCAAGCGCGUGCGCCGGGAGGCGGUGAGGCGCAGGCCCAGACUAGGAGGGCGCGGGAGCGGAGCCGCCAAGGGCGCCGCGGGCGAAGCGGAGGCCGCCAAGGGCGACGCGAAGGGAGCGCAAGAGCAGGGCGCUGAUUCCACCACGGAGAACGACGGCAAGAGCGAGGAGCGCGACUCGGAUGCCGGCAGAGACGAGCCCGAAGAGGCGCAGACGGCAGGCGGCGGCGCGGAGCCGGCCACUAACGGCGUGGCAGGCGAGGAUGCUGCCGAGGGCCAGGACGAGGGCGGCGACGAGGCCGCUGACGAGGAGGAGGCCGACAAGGGCGACAAGGCGGCGCCGGGCGAAGAGGACGCCAUGGACGCGGAGGACGAGCCGGAGCCCGUGCCCGCGCCCGCCUCCGCCUCGUCCUCCCCCAGCAAGGGAGACACCGACAAGAAGUUCAGCGGCGGGGGCCAACAGGCGAACCGGCGCGGGAUGGGCCGAGGCCUGGGACGCGGUCGCGGCCGCGGCCACCGCCGCAGCCACGUCCCAGUCUUGGAUAUAGAGGCGGAUUCGGGGCAAGAUGCCAGAGGUGCCAGCAGUGAGGAGGGUCAGUGCAAAAACAGGUCAAGUUCUAAGGACACUGAACUGGAUUUGAGGCGAAAUAAAACCUUCCCAUGCAAAGAUCUUCAAUUACAUGUGUCAUCUAAGUCUGCUAUGUGCCUGACAGACAGUGUAGCUAGGUUCAUGGGGCCUGCUAUAACAACUGUGAAGUCAGUUAGGACAAAGUAUUCCAUAAAUCUGAUUUUCUUAUGCCAAGUAACAUCUAUGGAUCUAACUACUUACAAUAUUUUUGACACAUUCACACUUAGAUUAGCAGAGCAAAUGUUUAAGAAAAUAAGUGUUGUAACAACUCUUGAAGAGCUUGGAUCUGGGGUUGAAUUCACUGCUGUGUGGUGGAUGAGAAUGAGUUAAACAUGUGGCUUGCUUAAAGGUUAUCACACACCUGAAUGUGGUCCAAGAUACCAGUAGAGUCCAUUCGACUCGCAACAUUCACUGCAUUGCCCCAGAUAUCGUAUUGAGGCUUGCGAGCACCAAUGACUCCUGCGACAACUGGGCCGAUAUUGAUUCCUGUGGACAAAGCCAAUUGGUAAAUAAAAUUCUGGAUCUACUUGAUGCAGAGGAACACAUCAUCACCAGUUCAAUAAUAAUCAAGGCUGUUCUUGAUUUAUUCAGUUUUCAACAAGAUCACAGCAAUGUUUUAAAAAAUUUGUACUAAUGUAAUUAGAAUGAAUAUUGAUUUUGUACAUUAGGUAAA